AUGGACAUCUAUGUCUACGAACCGAUCGAUCUCGAGCGUCCCGCAUUCCGACUUCUACAGUUACUUCGAGGGAACGGGCCGGCCAUCGAGUGUAUACUAUAUCAGGCCUAUAUCGAUGGCAUCGAUACUGUUCCGUACGAUGCUUUAUCGUAUACCUGGGGCGACACGAAUAAGACAUCGACUGUGACAGUCAACGGGAAGACACUUGGUGUUACUGAAAAUCUAUACUCAGCCCUUCAACAUCUUCGCUUAGAAGAUAUAGAUAGGGUACUCUGGGUCGAUGCUAUUUGUAUCGAUCAAGGCAACGAAAAAGAGCGAGGACAUCAAGUUCAACAAAUGUGCAAGAUUUAUUCGCACGCAGAGGAGGUGGUUGUCUGGCUAGGUCAACCAACGGAGGAAACCAAUAUCCUUAUGGAUUGUCUUCGGCAAUUAGAAGAAAACAGUUUGACGCACGCGCAUAGACACUGGGACCUGGCACAGUGGACCACAUUCUGGCAAUUAGUUCCUCAGAAUCCAGAUUUUGAGCUAAGUAAAGGCCUAGACCUGCUCUUAAGGCGACCAUGGUUUCGAAGAGUCUGGAUCUUACAGGAAAUAGCCAAUGCGAAGAAAGCAAGUGUCCGGUGUGGCAUCAAGUCUGUCAAAGCACGCACCUUUGCCCUUGCUCCGUCGCUCAUAGGCAUAAAGCCAGAACGCCAUUGUCAAGCUGUCUUGGACAUUAUGCCUGGUCACUUGCGGGAGGAGACCUGGUGGGGCGAAAGCAGAGAUUUGUACAACCUUUUACUAAAAUUCAGAGAAAGCAAUGCGAGCGACCCACGAGAUAAAGUCUAUGCCUUGCUAGGUAUAUCUUCAGACGCCUACGACACCGAUAGCCUACGUCCAGCCUAUACGAAAGACCUCCAGGCAGUCAUUUGCGAUACUUCGUUGUUCCUGUUUGGACAGUCAGAUGUUUCUUAUGAGACAAUGCCACAGUUCUUAGAUGAUCUUACGUUUCGGAAUUCUACAUCCUUCUUAGAGCUUGUCCGAAGGUCUAAUGUGAGGGAAGUUGAACUUUUCAUAAUGCGGCGA